AGGCGGAUUAUUUUAAUUAUAUUCUUUGGAAACUCAAUUUAAAACAUGCUCUCAACUCGUGGAACUAGUCGUAAAAAAUGCCUGCGCUUCAAAAAGGAUGAUAAAGCACUGCUUAUAGCUGCAGUUAGGGUUAGACGUCUACUCUGGGAUAUGAAGGACAGGGAGCACAAUGAUCUUAUAAGCAUUAAAGCGGCUUGGAAAUCCGUGGCUACUGAACUGGACAGAGACCCACAAGAAUGCAAGGUUGCUUGGCGCUCACUACGCCAGAGUUAUCGUUAUCAUUGCAAAACCGCGCACACCCGUAUAAAGCUAGAUGGUGAUGAUUAUACAGGCGAAGCUGAUCCAUUAGAAAUGCCAGACAUUCAGUGGGAGUUCGCUGAGGAUAUGUCGUUCCUGCAAGAUUUGUCAAAGAACAGAGACCAGGCCUUAGACUCAGUCCAAAUGGACGAAACUUCUGCGAACACUGUUUUGGAAGAAUAUAUUGAUACGGAAUACUUGGAUACCGCUUACGACAUUAACAAUUGCGAAGAUGAUAUCGAAGUUGAAGACACUACCGCUAGCGUUGAUGAUGAGGCUCCUGUAAAUUCUCCGAAUGAUACUGAGGAACUCGUAUAUAAGAGAAAUCAAUAUGGUCCAAUUCAAGAUGUAUUGUGUAGAACAUGCGCGCAACCAAUUGACUCUCGGACCUCUCAGAACUUAUUUAAACCAGAAAAUCAUAAGCUUUUGUGCCAAAUUAAAGCCUUAACGGAAUUAAGCUUAAAGCAAGAUGAAGACUUAUCAGAUUUUAUCUGCCAAAACUGUCAACAUAAUCUUAGCAUAGCUACAGAAUUUCGCCGAGUUUGCAUUGAGUCACAGAAACAAGCCCUGAUCAAAGUACAAGUAAAAGAGGAAUCAGAAGUAAUAGCAUAUCCUGAGUCAAAUAUGGCAGGCAGCCCUAUUACUACGGAGAUAGCUGUAGAAGAGGAAUUACUGGAUGAUAUUGAUAUUUCAGAAGGUGAAAAUUACUACGAAGAAGUUGACGUACAGCCAUUACCACCAGCAGCUUUGCCAACUCCAUCGAAAAUGAAAUUUAAAAGCGAGAAAAAAAACCAUAAGAGCCAGUGUCAUCAGUGUGGAUUAACAUUUAGCAGUCAGGACUUACUAAAAAUGCACAUGCAUCAGAGUCAUGAUAUGCAGCUUCAUACUAGAUUUGUGUGCAAACAUUGUGGACACGAUUUCAAAUACUCUGCACCCCUUGUUGAGCACCUGAAGAGCAUCGGGGUUUCUUUUGGAUACAAAUGCGAGGAGUGUGGUCAAAAGUUUCAUAGUAGGCAUUUUCUUAAGAAGCAUAAGAGGCGAGUUCAUGGGCAGGCCGACGAACAUAUUUGUCACAUGUGCGGUAAAAACUUUACCACUGGAUUUAAUCUACGAAACCAUAUAGUUCGUCAUUCAGGCACCCGUCCUCAUAAAUGCAAAUUAUGCAGUGCCGCCUUUUCUACGACAGCCGAGCUAAACAAUCACCAGCGGACCCAUGACAAUGUGCGUCCAUAUCCAUGUCGCUAUGCUUGCGGCAAAUCAUUUCGCCACUGCAGCAACCGCAGCACACACGAGAGAGUACAUAUGGCUGGCAGUUUACGUCCUUUCCAGUGCGACUAUUGCGAUAAAACGUUUGUGACCAAAGGCGAUUGCAGGGCACACCAAGUGGUUCAUACUAUGAGUCGGGAUUUUAGCUGUGACAUUUGUGAGCAAAGUUUUAAGUUGCAGAAGCAUUAUUUGCAGCACUUGACCACCAAGUCACAUAAAAAAGUCGAGGAGCACAUCAAAACGUUGAAGAAUAAGGAAUCAGUGGCUUAAAUAUCAUUCAUAAAUCAA